AUGUCUAACACUCGGAUUGAGUCGCGGUGUUUGGAGGAUCUUACCGAGCGCGAAAGACUUCUAGAUAGAUUGGAGUGGGAAGGUUACACCGAGAAAAAGGUGAAAAGUUAUGGAAAUUGCCAAUUCCGUGCUUUAGCUGAUCAACUCUAUCAAAACUCGGAUUCUCACAAACGUGUUAGACAAGAAAUCGUUAAACAACUUAAACUGCAUCCAAAACCUGACAAAGGACUUGUUGAUAAAAUGGAAUACGUCUCCGAGUACGUAAAGAACAUGUCUAAUGACUCGGUGUGGGGAGAUGAAGUGACUUUGAGAGCAGCUGCAGAUGUGUAUCUAGUCAAGAUAGUAGUCAUUACAUCAAUCAAAGAAUAUCCUCUUUUUGUGGUUCUUCCCAAGUCUCAAAAACAACCGGACAAAGUCAUUUACUUGAGCUAUCUCGACGGGGUACAUUACAACUCUGUCCACUUAAACGAAGGUUAA